AUGCCACCCAAAAGAAACCUGACACCUAAACAGCUGUCAAAUAGCCUGAGCUACGUGCAAAAGGAAGCUCCCUUCCUGGCACGCCUCAAGAACCAGAAUCAGGAAAAGGAAAAGACAGCUAGGAAAUUUGAGAAUUACGAGGAUGGCCAAGACGAUGAUGAUUAUGACGAACUGGAUGGAGCACAAGUAGUGGAACUGGAUGCCAAAGGACGAGAGGUGUUCAAAAAGCAGGAUGAGGAGGACGAGAAGGACCAAGAUGAAAAAGAGGAGGCAUCCAAAGAGCCAGAAGCACCAGCAGUGGAUGAAAACGGCCGCCUCUUGUUUCGCAAACAAGCGGCUUCAUCAAAGCGCAAAUUGCAAUCUAUCAUCGAUGAAGAGAUCCAGAAAUCAGACAAAGCAUCGCUAAAAACCAAGAAGAAAAAGACCAAAUCAAAAUCAAAACCAACAUCCUCUUUACUAUCGUUUGAGCAAGAUGAUGAAUAA